UGUGUAUUUCUGGUUACUAAGUGCAUCACGCAAGGUGGGUGCUACACUUACUGGUUGAGGUUGGUUUCCUCCCCUUCACUGUAAGCGCUUUGAGCAUCUAAGAUAAAGCACUGUAUAAAUGUAACCAGUACACGAACGAGACUAUACCAUGUGAACUCUUCAAAUUAAUUUGUUCAGUUAAUUUAUAGCCACAUUGCACCGAUUACAUAUAAAUAAUGCCACUACAGUCAUUACUAAUUUGAGCUGACUGCAGCGCUUCGACGGUAUCCGUGUGCUUUUAUUUUUAAGGCAAAACCCGCGGACUUCCUGUUUUCCUUUAGCUAACCGUGUGUACCUCGACGCAGCUCCUACUCUCAGCACGGACAAACAUAAGUCUCUCGGUUUUUUUGCUGGCAGGCUCCGGAAGACAACUGAACACAACCAGUACCGAGUGAUUGUAUUUACCUCCAACAGUAACAAAAACCGAGCAGUCUCUUCUUUCUUCAAACAUUUUGCGGUCCGUCGCCUCCUGCUACAUUUGUUCUCCCCGGGUUUAGAGAGACUUUAAAGUCGCGGUGCUCCAAAUUGUCGGCAGUAGAAAUAACGGAUAAAAAAAAUAUAUAAUAAAAUAAAAAGCGAUAUAACGGGGACGUGUUUUUUUUUUUUUUUUUUUUUUUUUUGGGAGGGGGGUGAAAUGUACGGUAAUGAUUACUGUCUUUUGAGGAGGGUGUCCAACACAGAGCUGUAGUUUCUCUUCAAGAGGCGAGGAAUGCAAUCUGAGCAUCAAUGUUUCACUGGGGCAAGUGGAAGAAGAGGAUGGGAGCCAAUAGUUCUUCUAAGAGACCAGUUUUCGACGAAAAGGAAGAUGUGAACUUUGACCACUUCCAGAUAUUGCGGGCCAUUGGGAAAGGGAGCUUUGGGAAGGUAUGCAUUGUGCAAAAGAGGGACACCGAGAAGAUGUACGCCAUGAAGUACAUGAACAAACAGCAGUGCAUAGAGAGAGAUGAGGUCCGAAACGUCUUUAGAGAGCUUGAGAUCCUACAGGAAAUUGAACAUGUUUUUUUAGUAAAUCUCUGGUACUCAUUCCAGGAUGAGGAGGAUAUGUUUAUGGUGGUGGACCUCCUGCUGGGAGGUGAUCUGCGCUACCACCUGCAGCAGAGUGUCCAGUUCAGCGAGGAUGCUGUCAAACUCUACCUCUGUGAGAUGACACUGGCACUCGACUACCUGCAGAGCCAGCACAUCAUUCAUAGAGAUGUCAAGCCAGACAAUAUCCUGUUGGAUGAGCAAGGUCACGCUCACCUGACGGACUUCAACAUAGCAACGAUAAUAAAAGAUGGAGAGAGAGCCACAGCCUUAGCUGGAACCAAGCCCUACAUGGCCCCAGAGAUCUUCCAGUCUUUUGUAAGUGGAGGAACGGGCUACGCCUUUGAAGUAGACUGGUGGUCACUAGGGGUGACAGCCUUCGAAGUGCUGCGUGGAUGGAGGCCCUAUGACAUCCAUGCCAGUAACUCAGUGGAGUCCCUAAUUCAGCUCUUCAGUACAGUCAGUGUUCAAUACAGCCCAGCCUGGCCCAAGGACCUGGUUUCCCUUUUGAGGAAGCUACUGACAGUGAACCCAGAGCAUCGCUUCUCCGGCCUGUCUGACAUGCAGACAUCUCCCUACCUCGCUGACGUCAACUGGGACGCUGUGUACGAGAAGAAGAUGGAGGCCGGAUUUGUUCCUAAUAAAGGUCGCCUCCACUGCGACCCCACCUUUGAGCUGGAGGAGAUGAUCCUGGAGUCGCGCCCCCUUCACAAGAAGAAGAAGAGGCUGGCCAAGAACCGGUCUCGAGACAACAGCAAGGAUUCACAGUCUGAGAAUGACUACCUACAGGAGUGCCUUGAAGUGGUGCAGCAAGAGUUCAUGAUCUUCAACCGUGAGAAGUUGAAAAGGCGUCAGGAGGAGGGUCAGUCCGAGGCCGGGGGCGAUGAUGCCAGUGGAGAUGGGGAUGGAGAGGCCGAAGCCGGGGGCACCGAUGACGACGCUCCAGAGCCAGAACCGGAUCCAGAUGCCGAGCCAGAGCCCGAAUCCUCCUCCAAACUGAGCAUGUGCGGUUCGGUCUGCUCCUCCCCCGGCAGCUGCUAGCGCCACAUCGCCUCACAGUGACGAUCGCAGGUCUCUCUGGCUGCUGCCAUGCCAAUAGAUACGUUCACACCUCUCUCCUCUGUUGUAGCCAGGAGCGGAGGAAACGCACACUGGGUUCAACAUGACGCACAGCAGGACCCAAAAUGGCUCCCACCAUUUCAUCCUCCUUUCUUUCUUUCUUUCUUUCUUUCUUUUUUCUGUAGCAUCCUUUCGGUAAGGCAUGGAAGAGUUCCAGAGAGUCCCCGCCUACUGUCUGCCCUAGAGUAAGCUCUAACUUCUAUGCAAUGUUACAGUAUAGCAUGACAAAUAAGGUAUCACUUACUAGGAGGUGUCGUUCACAAGCAGAAAGCUCCACGAGCAUGAUGACAUCCCGAGCAAUAGCAGUCCACAGUUUUUGGAGGGUUGGCGUUUUGGCGGAGACGCCUUCUCAGCCUUCCUGUUCGAAAUCUGAUGGGGACACCUGAAUAAUUCAACACACGCAGGCACUCUGUUUAUAUAUUUGCCUGUGUCACUUCAGUUCACCACCCCCUCCAGCCUCUUUCAUGUUACACGUGCCCUAAUUCAGAACAAUUGUUUUUUUCAUCUCCACCCGGAGCCCCUUCCUCCUCCUGUUUACAACACCUCUCCGCGACACAUUCGCCGCGAGUGUUCAUGGCUGCUCGCAGUCGGCCAAGAAAUGUGUGGCUGUUCUCAUGUUGUAAACCUGUUUUAAAAGUGGUGCCUGUUGAUGAUAAUCAGUAUUUGUUAAUCACAUUGUAGCCAUGGAUGCAUUAUAGGUCAAAAUGCUUGUUUGAAAUGUUAGCCAACUCUUCUUUUUCCAAGCUUUUGUAGGAUGAUAAGGUACUGUCAUUUUACGGGAAAUCAGUACAGCAAUCAGAAUGAAAGGUUUCGCUUGUCACUGUGUCUGUAAUGAUUACCAAGAUUUAGUAAUUUUAGCCCCGCACCACACUCUGACUCAAAGAGUAUUUUGCUGCGGGGAGUAAAAACCAAUCACCAACAAUCACAUCUUUUAAGAAUCUAUUAGAAAGCUCUGUUUACUUCACUAGACACCACCAUCAUCUCUUUAAGUGCUUGGUAAGUGUAAAGAUCAUCUCUCUGUAGAGCUUGUUUUUGGGCUUACUGUACUUAAAUGUGUAGCUGUGCCCUGUUGGUACUUCAAAUCGUAUAGAUGAGCUAGUCUAUUACUGUCAUAGUGAUAGUGGUACAUUUAAGGUGGCACCAUUCAUCUCAGUCUGAACACCUGGGAACAUGUAGCAAAGGUCCACCUUAAAAACCCUAAGGCCUAAUAAAAUUAAACCCAUGUAAAUAGCAUUCACUGUAGGUAAUUAAACUCACCACAGUUUUAUGUGGGACUGCGACAUAUAAACUAAAGGAAGAGCUGUGUGAAGCUUCAUACUGCUUCGUUCUGCUCUUCUUUCCAAGUGUGCAGGCACAACUUGUAGGCAAAAUAUGCCAAAGCUUUUCUACCAUUUGCAUAACCAUUUCUAAGGAACUUUGAGUGUGUGAAUGUAUGUCUCUUUUUCCCAGUAUAACAUAAAGUCAAUGUUCCUUCUGCAAGUGAAAAUACUAUUACUUAUACGAUCAUGUUGUGAUUAUGUAUAAAGUAUCUAUUUCAGGUAAGGGGGGGAAUCUUAAAGUAAUAGUUAGACAUUUUUUGGAAAUGCGCCUAUUCGCUGAGAGGAUUGAUACCACCUUCACGUCAGUGAGUCAAGCACGGAGCUGGAGCCAAGUGGCGAUUAGCUAAAUAUAAAGGCUGGAAGCACAGAAAGUUCUGUCUGAACUCUUCUUAGCAGGACCACCUUAAGCUCACUAAUUAACAGGUUUUAUCAUACACGAUCAGAAAUCUUCUAAAAUAUUUCAGUGGAAACUACAUGCUCUAUUUGGUGAACAACAGCCAGUCACAGUGAAUUUCUGUGAAUGCUGCACAAAGGUCCUGGAUGGAUGGAUAAAGACAAAGUGUCAUGGGGUAAUUUGCUCUAAAAACCACAAAUUAUAGUGUACAGUGUAUAUUUGUGUACAGAUUUUUAAAAAUGUGCUCAUUAGUGAGCUUCAGAGGUGGGGUGGGUGGAUACUGGGCAGGCUAACUGGUGCAGGAGACUCUCGAGGGACUGCAAAGUGCUGGUGGCAUGAAAAAUGGAGGCGGUCACAGACAUCAGUGGCGUGGGCUACAUUUAAAACAGUUAAAAAUGCUUUUAGUAAGUUAUGAUUUCUGUUUUGUAUCACAGAUUUUUCACUCUGUCUUAAAUGCGAGGUUGUGAAAGACUGGCCAGAUGAUCUGACCAUGAAAAAAGGCAGAGCUGCCACAUGGUAUUUAAGUAAGAUGUCCACAAACUACACAACAUAAUCUAACCACAUGUUGCAAGUUUUAAUGAUGAUAUACAUUAUAGCAUUAUAAUAAUAAUUAACAGUUUAGCAGUAGGCUUGUUCGAUGGUGCACAGUUUGCUCUCUUUGCGUUCAGUACAUUAGCGGUGCAGGUGUGAUGAUGGAAUGUUGCGGAGUAACAAGACCGUUUCAUUGAGUAUUAUGUAACGUGCAAAGAUUGCCAGCAACAACACUAGCUCAGCUGCCUCUGUAGUGGUCCCUCGGGCGUCUCCCAGCUGUUUGCAUCUGCAUCUACUCUUCAUGCUAAGCUAGGCUAAUCACCUCCCGCCUGCAGCUUCAUACCUAACACACAGACUCGAGAGCGGUGUCAAUCUUCUCAUCUCACUCUCAGAAAGAAAAGCAAAUGAGUGUAUUUAUCCAAACACAAAAAGUUUAACUAUACCUUUAAACACUAUACAUUAUAAUUAGAUUAAGAAGCUUCUUUAAAGGGAUAUAAAGUGGCAUCUUCCAAGUCCGCCAAAAUAUAUGAUGAAUUUAAGUCUCAAGCCCUGUGCUUUUUUUUGCAUGUACCUUUACAGUAUAAGCUUGUUUUUGCCAAAGCCUGGAGCUUGAGCCUUACUGGCUGAUUUGUGCAUGUACAAGCUUUUUGGUAAUAGCAUACCUCAGUGCACACCUGAUUAUAGACACAGUCCAAAUCAGAGUAUAACUGGCCUGCGUAAAUGUUUCUGGACAGUGAGUUUUGUGAACUUUAAACUGUACAAAAUCGUAUAAUUCCAGUGUUAUAUGGACGGCAUGAUAUUAUUAGAUGAUAUGCAGUACCUUUUGGCAUCCCGUAGAUUGUCUUAAUGCUUUGGUCAAGUAUACAGGCUCGUACCCUUGCUGGAUGAGUGGAAUGAGGUCAGCACUUGUGUGUGAUGCUCUGUUGUGGGUUUAAGUGUUGCAUUAUUGUCUGUGCAGCAAAGGAAGAAUAUUUGGAAGUGGGGCAGGUUUUUACUUCACCCCAACACUGAGUUUGCUGCAUUAUUAAAACACAGAAUGUCUCCAUUCGCGGAAAAGAAAGCUCAGUUAUUUUUAAGACUCAUUAAACCAGUCUACACUGAAUCUGAAUCAACAAAGGCCUGAAGUAGAUGUUAAUCAUAUGUAAAUGGGUAAUGACUGAUUUGGACAGUUAAUUUAAGUGUAGCCUUUCUCAAAGUUACAACACUAAUCUACAGUUUUGGCAUUGCAAAUCUUCCUGACAUGUUUCUUUCUGUGUUAAUGUUCUGGAUGCCGUUAGGUGUUUCCAAAAAAAAAAAAAAAAAAGGCAUUGUGCUAGUGUUUGAC